AUGAUUACCAGAAAGAACGCUUUGAUCCUGGCCUUUGUCCUGGCUUGUGCAUCCUUAGCCAGUUCGCAUGCAAGCCCGCAUUCUCCCGGACUCGACCAAGAGCAUCACGGUGCAGGAGCGCACAGCUCUGCCGAAUACGCGCCCAUCCCUCUGGUUGAGUUCCCCUCCAACGAUAUCGACGAUCCUUGGACGAAAAAGUAUUCCGGCGUCGCAAAGCCUGCUUACUCUGGCGUGAACACUUACGCCCACUUGCCUACUGUCAAGUGCCUUGAUGAUCCCAGCCAGUUGUUCGACGUAGCCGUGCUCGGGAUCCCUUACGACCUCACCGUAACCUAUCGACCCGGUGCCAGAUUCGGGCCGAAUGCGAUUCGUCAAGCUAGCAGACGGCAGAGAGCGGGCAGAACGUACUCUUUGUAUCAUGCUCAAGACCCGUACAAUACCGGUUUGCGAUUUCUAGACUGUGACGACAUUCCCACUUCUGGAUUUGAUCCUGCUUUGGCGAUCGAUCAGAUCGAAGCUGGGUAUACUUCGCUUUUGCAACGUCGAGCUGCUUCCGAUCCAUCGCUUAGCUUCUCUUCAACUCCACCAAACUCAGUAGUUUCGACCAAAUCGUGGCAAGCAUUCUCCAACGCAGGCUUGGCAAAAGACGGCAGAUCGCACCCCAAGAUCGUCUCCAUGGGUGGAGAUCACACGAUUGUGCUGCCGAUCCUUCGAUCGCUCUACCGAGUAUAUGGACCCAUCGCGGUGAUUCACUUUGAUGCACAUCUCGACACAUGGCCUCCAGAGGUCUCACCUGCAGGCUCGCCAACGCGCCAACACCAGAUCCAGCACGGCACCUUUUUCUGGCAAGCUGCGCUCGAAGGACUUAUCGCACGCAAUCAAUCCAUUCACGCCGGCAUCCGUACACGACUCGGCUCCUACGACGACAUUCAACACGACGCAUCGAUCGGCUUCGACAUCAUCACCUCCGAUGACAUUGACGACCUUGGCAUUCCGGCUAUCAUCCAAAACAUCCGGUCUCGUGUUGGCGCCAUGCCCGUCUAUCUCAGUAUCGAUAUUGAUACGCUCGAUCCGGGCUUUGCUCCGGGCACAGGCACGUUGGAAUCCGCAGGUUGGAGCCCCAGAGAGCUGAGGAGGAUUUUGAGAGGACUGGAAGGGCUGAACUUUGUCGGAUUUGAUUUGGUAGAAGUGAGCCCAGCGUAUGACCAGGCCGAGAUCACAGCGUAUGCAGCAAGCGAUUUGAUCUACGAAUUCAUGAAUCUCUUGAUUAGCGGCAACAACUUGCAAGCGGAUGGAAAGGUUGCUGAGCCCAAGAGGAAAGGUAGGCGGGCACAGAAAGCAAAAGGCGUCGUUGCAUCUCUCUUCAAUCAUGGGGACGAACUGUAA